UACUUUUUUUUUUUUUCCUCUCCUGAACGGUUUCCUCCGUGGAGGUUACUGGUUAUAACCGUUAAAUCCCGUCCCGUUGUUUAACCGCCGCCAUGCUCUCCAGCGUGCGGCGGCACAGCCUCCGCCUGCACACGGAGCUUCAUCGGUGGAGCAUCUGCGACCCGGGCAGCCACCUCCUCCGGGACAGUCUCCUCGCCCGGGUCCCCGCCUGCAUCUCCCGCUCCAAGUCGUGCGCCAGCUCCGCCUGGGAGUCUGACGGGAGCUGCUGGUCGUCUUCAGACUCGGUCAUCUCCACUGACUCCGCCGGGGAGCCGUUGGGAGGCGGGAUUCCGUACCGGGUGGUCCUGCUGGGAGCCAGCGGGGUCGGUAAGACGGCUUUCGUCAGCAUCUUUGCCGGCGCCGCGGACAGCAUGGACAGUGAUGACUGCGAGCUCUGUGGAGAUGAAGUGAGUGAAAAGUCAGUAGAAGUGGAUGGCGAGCUGGCAACAUUAACUCUGCUUGACUCCUGGGAUGCAGAGGCUGACAGCGAGUGGGCUCUCGAACACUACAUGCAGACGGGCGACGCCUACUUGUUGCUGUACUCUAUUACCGACCGAGCCUCGUUCCUUCGGGCAUCAGAGCUUCGGAUAACCCUGCGCCGUUACCACCCUGCCCACCACACACCCAUCAUCUUGGUGGGAAACAAGUGUGAUUUGGUGCGACGCCGAGAGGUGUCUACCAGCGAGGGUCGUGCAUGCGCUGCAGUGUACGACUGCAAGUUUAUUGAAACCUCCGCCGCCAUGCAGCACAAUGUCUGGGAAGCUUUCCAUGGCAUAGUGCGCCAGCUGCGUCUGCGAAGAGACUCUAAGGAAGCCAACAAGCGCCGGCAAUAUAUCAGUUCUAAUUCACGCCGAGAGAGCCUUCCUAUGAAGGCCAAGCGUUUCCUCAACAAGAUGGUGGCAAAGAACAAUCCAAGUAUGGCUUUCUGGUUGAAGUCAAAGUCCUGCCAUAAUCUCUCUGUACUGUAGGAACUUAACACAUUCGUGUUUUAAGGCUUUGCGCAGCAGUUGCAACAUAUGGACAUGUGCCAGAAGCCAAAGGCCUUUUAGCAGAUGGCUGGUUCAAAGCCGGUUCUCACUGUGUUCAUACCUCAUCACCAGCACAGUCGCCACCAGCAUUCUGAAUGAGACUCUUUGGAGAUUUGGACAAUGAGGCCUCAGUUUCUGUUGCACAGAUGUUAAAUCUGUGCAGUACAAAUGUCUGAGAUUAACAGAACACCAGCUGACAAAAUGUGUUUCUGCUUUUGAACAGUCAUAAUAUGUGUUGCACAUUUCUCUUUCCUCAUCUGUGUUUCUUUUGUUCUCAUUCCUGUCAAAUUGUUGAGCGCAAGUGCUAAGUUCACCAGUUGUAAAAUAGUGACGACGAAAAACGUAUUCUUUAAAAUUUUUUUGUU